UAUUUUGUUGUAAAAAAACGUUUUCCAAAUAUUAAUCUAAAAAUAUUAUAUUGAUAGAUUAUUUUUCAAAGAGUACCUUAAGGCUGAUUUUUUUUUAACAGUGAUGAAUAUUUUGCAAUGUCCUCGUCGUCGUCAUCAUCAAUGAGCGCCUUGAAGCUAAAGACGAUGUCAGAAGCAAACCCUAACGACGCCGCGAAGAAGGCUGAGACGGUGGAUCUCGGAAACGGAAGCGACGUCGUUUUCAUUCAGAGGUUAAUACCUUCCGAACAAUCAUGGAAAUGGUUCCAUUACCUCGACAACCACAUCCCAUGGACCAGACCCACCAUUCGCGUCUUCGGUAAAUCGUUCCUCCAGCCUCGAGACACUUGUUAUGUUGCAUCUUCAGGAUUGACUGAGUUGAGUUAUAGUGGAUACCAGCCACAUGCAUAUUCAUGGGAUGAUUAUCCACCGCUUAAAGACAUCUUGGAUGCUUGCUGUCACUUGAUCCAGUUAUUGGAGCUAUUGCAGCCGGUAAUGCUGUCGUCUUAAAACCAUCAGAAAUUGCUCCAGCCACAUCAGCAUUGCUUGCAAAUGCUUUGUGUUGUCCUUGUUGUUCUGAACACGUAAGAGUGAGUGUGGAUA